GUGGGGCACCCGUUUUCUUCGUUUUUGGCGAGGCGAGUGGGAGGGACUGCUCAGCGAAGCACGGCAGUUUGCCCCUCAAGGCCGUCACGUCUUUGCGCCGGCGGGGGAGGGUCGUGUUGACGACGAGGCGGGACCCUCAUUGGAUGCAGUCCGAAGGCGAGCAGCGGCACGCCUUGUCGGCCUGGGCGAGCUCUCGCGUGCGGCGAGUCGCCUCACAUCGGCGCCCGUUGCGGCGGCGAAUCAGCAGACACUCGAUCAGCUGCGCGCCCUCCACCCUGACGCCGCUCCGAUCGACAGGCCCGCUGCACCGGCAGGAAAAGCCCCUCGCCUGGAGACCAACCGUGACUUCCUUUUGACCGCACUGAAGAGCGCGCCGCGCGGAGCAGCCGUCGGACCGACCGGCUGGCGAUAUGAGCACCUCCAAGUGCUCCUUAGCGAGGCCCACACCAACGCCGAGGCUGUGCCCGUCCUCAAGUUCGUGCAGCGGAUGUUAGACGGCGACUUGCCCCCACUGGUGACGAGACUAUUGGCCGCCGCCCGCUUGUUCGCAUUGGAAAAGCCGGGGGGAGGAGUGCGGCCGAUCGCAAUCGGCGACGUGCUUCGUCGAUGGGUGACUCGGGCGCUGUGCAUGCAACACAAGCUGGAGUUUGAUGAGGAGUUCCGGCCCCACCAGUUUGCUGCCGGCACGUCCGCUGUCGGGGAGAAACUCUUCCGUGCGGCGCAGACUUACAUCCAGACGCAGGACGCCGGAGGCCAAGAUGCAGACGAGCCGCCCACCACUCGCACCCUCCUCUCCCUCGACUGCCGCAACGCCUUCAACGAGAUCAGCCGCCAGCGUAUCAUCGACGAGCUCGCCGUCAAGCACCCGGCCAUGGUCGCAUUUUUCUGGCAGUUCUACGGCAGAGCUGCGCCAUUGUGGUACACGAUGGAGGACGGGCGCGUCGAGACUAUCGACAGUCGUCAAGGCGUAUAGCAAGGCGAUGCGACGGGCCCUUUCCUUUUCUGCCUCGCCUUUCAGCCGGCCCUCCGUCGACUGCAGGAGCAGUUCCUGGCUGCGCUUGUCGGAAGCCUUAUGGAUGACGGGCUGGGGGGUAUGGAUGAGUGGGACGUCCCCUACUUUCUGGCGGCCGCCGCAGUUGAAUCCCGCGCUAUCAACCUGGUGCUGCGGUUGGAUAAGUGCCAUGCGUGGUCUCCGCAUUGGCGCUCGACCGCUGACAUUCCGACGGGCAUCACGAGUCGAGGUGUGCGCGCGUCUACAGAAGGGAUCAUCCUCCUGUCCGCCCCGAUCGGUACCCCGGCCUUCAUCGCGCGCAUCGUGAAUGAGGUCGUCGCCAAGCAUCAGCGCCUCCUCGACGCCGUCGUGGCGUUUGCCGUCGACGAUUGGGACCAUGCAGUGCAGGGGGCGAACCUGCUCCUUCGCUACUGUAAGUCCCCUCGCUUCCUCUACUGGUGCCGCCUCCUCGCUCCCUCCCCGCCGCUCUUGGCGGCCGCCCGUACACAUGAUGCUGCGAAGGUCAUCGCAUUCACCAGCAUCCACCGCACGGGCGCUUUGUCUACUUCAGCACACCGGCAGGUGCAGCUUCCCAUCCGGUUGGGGGGCUUUGGGCUGGUGUCGUCUGCGCGUGUCGCACCGGGUGCCUAUUUGGGGUCGGUGGCCGUCACCGUGGGGAUGUGUGGGAUCGUUUCCGUGGGCAAUCCUGGAUGCCCGAGUCAGAAGCCUCUCUUCUCCAGCUGGACUGGCUCGUCUCGGCGGCAUCCGCCCGCAUCAAUUUCUCCGCAUCCCUCCCCUCUGUCGCCAUCCUUCCUAUCGCGCAACUCAUCGCGCGCCCGCAGGCCCGCCUGCAGCAGAAGAUCUCUGCCGCCCUUGCGCAGAAGGACUUCGACACCCUCUUUGAGUCUUUCCCAGCUGGCAGCCGUGAUCGGUGCCGCCUUCUCUCCUGCCUGGGGCCCCUGUCGUCUGGCUGGCUGUCGGCCAUCCCCGCAUAUACCCGAAGUGACAAGCGCAAGUGCUUGAACAACUACGCCUACCGCCUCGCUACGGCCCUCACCCUCGGCAUCACUUUUCCCCUCGCCAGCCUCGCACCGUCAUGCACGUGUGGAGCGGGCAUCGACACCCCGGGCGACCACUUCUUCCUCUGCAGCCGCGCGACGGCGGAGCGCGUCUUCAAGCACAACACCCUGCUGGACGUCUUUAAGGCAAUCCUUGCGGAGGUGGGCAUCACGGCUGUCAUAGAAGUGCCCCUGCGGUCUCUUGACAUCACCCCUUCAAACGCCCAGCCCAACAGUCAGCGCAUGGACCUCUUCUUCACCAUCGACGGCGGAGGUGUCCUGUGCGACGUCACGGUGGUCCAUCCAUGCCGGCCCGAGAACUCAACCGCCCACCACACCCAGGUCAACCGCAGCAGCGCACGUCGGCCGGGCGGUUUUGCAGCUGCAGGGGCGGAGCGCGACAAAGAUUGCAAGUAUGGUGCCAACUGCCGGCAGAAGGGCUACACCAUCGUGCCCCUAGCAGCGGAGACGUUCGGCCGUUAA